AUGUUUAACCUUUUCAUAAUAACCAGCCUGCUAUAUCUUGUGGAUGGCACAUCCUAUUUGACCACCAAUAGCCACAUCGAGAUGCCAAUAUACCAGAAACGCCCUUUGAGCGAACAAAUGGAGAUGAUUGAUAUCCUGGAUUUGGGUGACCGACCGAGACGACAGGCGCAGCCCAAUAUACACAAUUCGGCUUCGAAAUUCCUGCUGGAAGUGUACAAUGAGAUUAGCGAGGACCAGGAACCCCAAGAAGUUCUGCAUCAACGCCACAAACGCUCUCUGGACGAUGACAUACUGAUUUCCGAAGAGGAUCGACAGGAGAUUGCCAGUUGCAAUAGCAUCGUAACCUUUUCGAGUCGAGUUAAGGCCGAGGAACUCGACAACGAGCUGGACAUGCACAUAACCUUCAAUGCCAACGAUGUGCCAGUGGAUCUGAGUUUGGUUCAGGCCAUGCUCAGGAUAUACAAACAGCCCAGUUUGGUCGAAAGCAGGGAGAACUUCACGGUGUCUGUGUACCGAAAACUGGACAAUCGUCAGGAUUUUAGCUACCGCAUCUUGGGCUCCGUGAACACCACAUCCAAUCAGCGUGGCUGGUUGGAAAUCAAUUUGACACAAACUCUGAGGAUGUGGUUGGCCAACAGUAAGGGUUUGCCGCGGCGAAAUGAGUUAAGGAUAUCCAUCGGCGACUCCCAACUGAGCACGUUCGCCGCCGGACUGGUGGCUCCGCAGGCCACUCGCUCCAGUUUGGAACCCUUCAUCGUGGGCUACUUCAAUGGCCCAGAGCUCUUGGUCAAAAUACAGAAGCUUCGUUUCAAGAGGGAACUGGAGAAGCGAAGAAGCGGUCUACCACAGACUCCUCCUCCGCCGCCACUACCAGUGGACUUGUACAGACCACCGCAGUCCUGCGAGCGCCUCAAUUUCACCGUCGACUUCAAGGAUCUGCAGAUGCACAACUGGGUGAUUGCCCCGAAAAAGUUUGAGGCUUACUUCUGCGGCGGCGGCUGCAACUUCCCGCUGGGCACCAAAAUGAAUGCCACUAACCACGCCAUCGUCCAAACCCUGAUGCAUCUCAAGCAGCCGCAUCUGCCCAAGCCCUGCUGCGUGCCCACAGUUCUGGGGGCCAUCACCAUUCUGAGGUACAUCAACGAUGACAACAUCGAUCUGACCAAAUACCAAAAUGCGGUGGCCAAGGAGUGCGGCUGCCAUUAG